AGUAUCUAUCUCUCUCUCUCCAAAGUCUAAGUAUAAGCUGCUGACUUGAUUGUUGUUCAUCAUCAUCAAUCUCUCAAAUUGUUGAGAGAAUCCGUCAGAGGUAUAGAGAAGAGAUGAAUCAUAUGAUGCUGGAAGAAGAGGCGGAAAUCGAGAGAUUACCAGUUGAUCUUCUAGCUCACAUAUUUCUUUUCACAUCUUCUUUCACUGAUUUGGCUCAGGGGAGCGGGGUAUGUAGGAAAUGGAGAAAAGCAGUGAGACAAUCACUGGCUGGAAGAGAACGUUUGAGUUUUUCUGGUUGUAAAAUGGAUGAUGAAUCUACUGUUCGUCUUGUUCGUUAUGCUUACAACCUCAAGGAGCUUGAUAUUUCAAGAAGCUGCUGGGGAUGCCAAAUAACUGAUGAUGGACUGCAAAAAAUAUCCUCGGUUAAGUGCAUCAGCAACCUAACAUCAAUAUCCUUGUGGGGUAUGACAGGGAUCACUGAUAGAGGUGUAAUUCAGCUGGUCUCGAGAGCCAAUUCUUUGCAACAUCUGAAUGUUGGUGGUACUUUUAUUACUGAUGAAUCUUUGGUAGCAAUUGCAAAUUGCUGUCCCCAUUUGAAGACAAUUGUUUUAUGGAGUUGUCGCCAAGUGACAGAAAGCGGACUACUAGCACUUGUAUAUAAAUUGCAGAAGCUCGAGUCGAUCAACGUGUGGGGGAUGAGAGUUCCACUGGAUUGUUUCAUUGGGUUGCUUGCUAUUAGUCCUGCUCUUCAAAUAAAACCUAGAAAUGUGCACCCAAAUGUUGCAACACUUAAUCCUCUUCCUGCUCCUAUUUGGCCAAUUGUAUAAGCUCCAUAGAACUUUCAUUUCACGACAGUUCGGUUCUGUUUUAUUUCCCUAUCAGUGUGAGAACCCGAGGAUCCAGUGUUUGCUAAUAAUGUUUGUACUCAAUAAGACACAAAUACCAAUCACUUGGCGAGUUUGUUGUUAAACUUGUUAAAGAUGGGAUUUAGGUUAGGUUUAUCUCUACAAAAGAAGUUCAAUAUGUAUGUGCAGAUCAAAGUGUGAAAAUUGCACCUUCCUAUAGAAUCAGAUGAUGCACUUUUGGGUACUGUUGUUGAUUCUA